CCCAUUCUCUUCGUCGAUUUCCAGUCCGGUAUCCAGGACUUCGUCCCGACUAAUCCGGAUUGACCAGCGUCGCGCACCUAAAAAUGAUGGGUGAGUCUCCCAACGAAAGCUGCUACAUACACAAGGGUUUCGUCCCGACUAAUCCGGAUCGACCCGCGUCGCGCACCUGGAAAUGGUGGGUGAGUCUCCCAACGAAAGCUGCUGCAUACACAAGGUCUCGAACUCGAGAUCUUGCUUAAACUGGAACAAGCCGUUUACCACUUGAUCCAAUCCUUCGUUGGUACCUCCCAUUCUCUUCGUAAUCUUAUUAUUAUUUUUUUUUUGGUAGAAGAUAGGAAACUUCGUAAUCUUAUUUGCUUCGAACCCCUCUUCCUCCUUUUUAUCCUCACCAAUGUUCUCUUUCCUUUCUCCACUCUGCAACAGCAAAUUUGAUGAAUAUCAAAAUCAAAAAAAUGAAUAACGAAAUUUUUG